AACUGGAUCAUGAGAAUCUCAUUUCCCCCAAUACGCGAGAGUUCGUUUUUUCUGGUUCCCUUAAGCAUGGACCCUUCAACCUUCCUUCAUCUCGAACUUGCAACCAAUAAAUAAGAGCCUUGAUCAUCAUCAGAAAUCCCAGCCAGAUCCUAGCAAUGGCCGAGAUCAUCACAAUCAUUUGCAAACGCACCGUAGUGAGCACAAAGCCAGUCCAAGCAGGAAAAAGCUACCCCCUAUCUGUCCUUGACCGCCAUAUGGAACACAACCAUCUUAGGAUGGUCUUGUAUUACCCAUCAAUGGGUGCUCCGACAGAGCCUGGUGAGAUCACAGGGAGGCUCAGAGAGUCCCUCGCCAUCAUGCUUACGCAUUUCCCGAUCGUUACAGGCCGGUUGCAGAAGAAUGACAAUGAUCAGUGGAUGAUCAAGUGCAAUGAUGCUGGUGUGAGAAUGCUGGAAGCUAAGGCCAAAGGGAGUUUGGAGGAGUGGCUAAGGAAUGUGGAUAGGGACAAGGAGCUUAUGCUUGUUUAUUGGGAGGAAAUGUACCAUAAGCCUUACUUUUGGUCAACAUUUUAUGUUCAGAUUACUGAAUUUGAGGAUGGUGGAUCAGCAAUUGGGCUCAGUUGCACUCAUCUCCUUGCAGAUCCUACUUGUGCCACCAUGUUCAUCAAGGCUUGGGCCGACACAACCUUUCCGGGCAAAAUGAUGAGUCCUCCGUUUUUCUAUCCGUUGCCGCCGCGGAGUCCCGGCAACACAAGGCCCAACCACAAGACCUAUAAUUCAUUGAUCAACCACUACAAAGCCUCCAUCAACAAGUCCAUUGAUCUUGUAGACAAAAAGCACACAACUGUUAGUUUCAGUUUUUCGGACGACAUGGUUCGGGUUUGCAUGGAAAUGGCCCAGCCCAAUGGUGCAAAUGACAAAUCAAGCCCAUCACCGUUUGAGGCCCUGGCUGGGCUAUUUUGGGUCUGUAUUAGCAAGGUCAAAGGAGUGAGAAAUGGGCUUAUUGACAUGUCAAUAUCUAUGGAUGUGAGAAAGGUUUUGGGUUUGGAUAAAGGCUUCUUUGGAAAUAGCAUGGUUUAUAAUAAGGUCCAUCUAGAGAGUUUCCAAGAAAAUAGUCUAUCACAAGCUGCAACUUCUAUAGGUGAAGUUGUAGCAAAAAUGGACAAUGAGGGAAUCAUGGAUUUGAUCGAAUGGCUUCAAUGCAACGAUGACCAAUCUCCUUCGUUGAUGAGCAACUGCGAUCUCAUUUGUGCUAGCUUAGAAGCUGUGGACCUAUUUUCAGCAAUUUUUGAAGAUGGGAUCGCACCGAUUCAUGUUUCGUGUUAUAUCGAGCCGGUGCUAGGAUUAGGGAAAGUCUUGAUCCUUCCCGCGAAACCCAAAGAUGGUCAACUAAGUAGGGUGGUAAUGGUUACACUUCCACGUGAUGAGGUAACCAAGCUAUGUGAAGAUGAUCUUAUUUUACAACUCUCUCCAACCAUCUUGAUGGAUUUGAACAAAACCUAG